CGUGGAAACAGUUGACAGGAGCGAAGAGUAGGCCAAAGUGGGUAAACAAAAAAAUAUUUUGAUAAAAAAAAACGAAAACGGCUGUAAUUUUUAUGCAAAAAAUUAAUAAAUACAAUGUCUAACAUUGUUCUAAAGCAGCGUUUGGUCAGUUAAGGAAGAAAAUCGACAGAAAAGAGAGGGCGUGCACCUGUCAAAGCUAAAUAGGUUAACGCAGCUAACCUGCGCUAGCCAUAAGCAAGCUAGCUGGCUCGUUGAACCCGCUCAGGUUAUCCAGGUAGACAGCCAGCCAUGUCGUCCCCGUCUUCUUCCAGGCGCCAGUGGUGUUAUUUGUGCGACCUGCCAAAGAUGCCAUGGGCCGUGGUGUGGGACUUCAGCGAAGUUGUCUGUCGUGGUUGUGUAAACUACGAGGGAGCUAAUCAGAUAGAAUUCCUAAUAGCGAACGCCCGACAACUGAAGCGGACUCACGGCAUGCAAGACGGUAACGUCAGGUCACCUGGUCCCGUGCCGAAUAAACACGGCACAUCAUCCAGAGGAGAGGCGGCAGCAGACGGAGGCAGGCCACAUAACGACCGCUUUGAGAGGGGAGGAAGAGGAGAUGGUACCGGGUCAACUAUACGCGUGCCGCCCAACGGACUGCACCGUGACGGCCAACCGCCUCAAGAAAUUAACCGUCAGAGCCCCAGUGGCAACCGGAGACCAAUGCUCAGCGCUGCCAUCCCUCCGAGUUUAGUAACUCAGAGCAUUGCAGGGAUUCCUCACGGGCUUCUUGCGGGCAUGCCGGCGGGUCUGACCGCCAGGACAGCACCUAUGAGCAGCCCCAUGAUCUUCCCUGCUCCGGUGCUUGCUGAGAUGAGACGCACACAUCUCGGAAUUGGAAUGGGAAUAUCUCCCUUUAUUGCCCCGGAGCUGGAGCGCGAGCUCAGUUCCUCUCAGAACCAGGCCAAGACGCAGACACAGUCCCACACCGCUGUGGCCGGCAGCAGUGCCAGCAAAAGUACAAGCCUGUCUUCAUCAUCUUUCUCCAUGGCUGGAGGUGUUAGCCAGACAAGUCCCAAGCCAGCUUCAUCUCCAGCUAGGCAGCCACGCCCCCUAACUGCGCGGUCUGGAGGGGAGCCUCUGGGAUCCAGCACCUCAGCAGAAGCAGCCACCACUGCUGCAGCAUUACCCAACAGCGGGGCCUCAGAGCUGGGCUCAGCAUCCGCCACCAACAACCAUUCGAGUGGAAACACCCUGUCCUGCACCUUGUGUCAUGAGAGACUUGAAGAUACACACUUUGUUCAGUGUCCUUCUGUGCCAGGGCAUAGGUUCUGCUUCCCAUGCACCAGAAUUUACAUCCAGACUCGCCGGGGUGAUGGGGAAGUGUACUGCCCCAGUGGAGAACGCUGUCCGUUGGAUAACUCCCCCAACAGUCCCCCGUGGGCUUUCAUGCAGGGAGAGGUCUCCACCAUCCUGGGCACCGGUGGAGCAGGAGCAGGAUCUGCAUCAUCUGCUGCAUCUGGAGCCAGUGCCGGGCCAGGAGCUCCGGCAGCAUCUGGAUCAGGGAGCGGAUCAGCUGCAGCGUCUGGAGCUGGAAGUGGAGAUGUAACUGUCAAGAAGGAGAGAGAGACGUGAUGAUGAUUUCCAUGGCAACCAUGACCCAAAACAGAAACAGAAUCAAAUCCCAUACAGAAGGAGACAUCUACACUGGACUGCUGAGGGACCCAGGAAAGAAAACACACAUCGACAUACAAAUCAGAAAACCCGCCAUUGCACAGGUUUUAACUCCACUUUCCCACAGUUCAGUUUAAUCUACGAUAUCCGGCCUCAGCAGGUCUCUGACUCAGGUUGCAAAAACUCCCUUCAUGUCAUCAUUUGUUCAUUAAGCAAAGAUAGACUUUGUCAGCAUUUGCCCUAAAUCUUCUACUCAUGUAAAAAGAUUGUAUAAUUAAACUUCAUAACUGCAUCCCCCACCACAUCACCUGCAUCUUGUGUAUUUUAAGUUCUCAAUCCAUUAAACAUGAGAGAAUCCUGGAGAUGCAGCUUCCCCAGAUGAUGCCUAAUGAUCUGUCACAAAUCGAGCCAAAUGGUCUAAUGAUGCAGAUAUUCACUCAGAUCAGCAGCUGAACAGUCAAAACAAUGAUCAUACCUGUGUUAGCACCGCCAGCUAGCGAAUGUUUGCAGCUGCAGAGGGACAGACUGAAGCAACGCCUGAAAAAAGUUUUUUUUUUCCCCAAACAAAAUCUUUACACAUUAGGAAUAAUCUGUAAGAAGCUUUAACAUGACAUAGAAGUCAUUUAAGGAUCAAUGAGUGCCAACUUUGAUUUAUAAUCGGCAGUUUCAUUUGCUGAUUAGAUUGAGCUCAUCUGUUGUUAGCAGACCUGACAAACGGAUGAUUAAGCUGCAUCCAGAUGAGAUCUGGUGUUUAUUAUCAUACAAAACUUGUUGCAGCUAAUGUAACCUAAAGACCAGAUAUGACGCCUGUCAGCGUGCAGGCGUUUUGAUUUAAGAGUACUCUCUGAUCAUUACUCAUAUGUCAGGUCAUACUCUAGCUUCUUUCUGAUCUCAGCUACAUGACAAUGCACUUCAGUGUUUCCCCCACUGUCACAUUGAGGAGAUAGACCACCUCUGUAUGCUGCGUCCUAACCCACACACAGAAAGCUAGAAUCAAACAGAAUUUUUUAAAAAUAUUGAUUUUAUGUUUGUUUUUAUUAUUUUUUUUAUCUUAUUUGUUUAUUUCAGCUGAUCUUCACAGCUUUUUUCUGUUUCUGUCGACAGAUGAAGUGAAAAAUCAACUAGUUACAAAAAAAGCUUCCCUCUGUAAAAAUGGAGAACUAUAAACUCUAAAAACCCUCCUGAAUCCGGCUGCAAUGUUGAUGUUGUUCAUGCAAAAUUAGAUUUGAAUUUCAAAGGCAGAAAAUGAAAAUUCAUUUCAAACAAGCUGCCUUAUUUUAGUCUUGUUCAAGCCAUGACUCGGGGCUUCGCUGCUCUAUGGCUGCAGCAUGAGGGCGUAAUCGAGAGGACAGCAUCGAUUAGCUUUUCAGCCGCCACAGAGCUGAUUGAUUGUUCUGUAAAUGAGCUAUAGGUGAUAUUUUAAAUGGUUAUAACACCAUCUCAGCAUAAAAAAAGAGCGACACACUCACAAAAACAACACCAGCUUUCCUCAGUACUUCCCUCAGUGAAAGAAGUCGGAACUCAACCGUCCAGAGGGGUGUAUGCGAAGCUAGACCAGGGGUUUAGUGUCCACAACCUGGCUUUCUUUCAACCACACCACAUUUGUUUUGGAGGCUAAAAAUCAACCCUUUGGAUUCUUAGCCUUUCUUGCCUUGAUUUGCUAAAAGCUUCAACACAGAUGUGAGUCAGUCCGGGUCAGGGGAGCUAGUUUUAGUUCCGGGGCCACAUUUAGCACAGCAUGAUCUCAAGUAGGUCUGACAAGUAAAAAAACAUAAGGUAUAAAUAAAAACUCCAAAUUUCUCAUUGCUUUAUUGCAACUUGUCAAGAGCAAGAAGUUAUUUUAAAUGUGCAUACAAGUUUCCACAUGCGUGUAGUGACCCUAACCACCUGAGCUGACUCACCUCAUAAUACAUACUGAGGUGAGAUCUGUUACGUUAGAAAGAUAUAAGAAGUUAUACGCCUACUAUGGAAAUGUUCAUAUAUAUAUAUAUAUAUAUAUAUAUAUAUAUAUAUAUAUAUAUAUAUACAUACAUACAUACAAGCUUAAGUGGGUAAAUUUAAAAUUGCAGGUAUUUUUAUUAAAAGUUUGUAGUUAAUCUCUUUGAUGUAAUUUUUCCACAAUUGCUAAAUUCCUCCUGUGGGCCGGAUCGGGCCCUUAGGCGGGCCGGAUCGGGCCCUUAGGCGGGCCGGUUUUGGCCCCAUGACAUACAUUUGACACCUGUGAGCUACUCCUUCAAAGAAUACUCGAUCAACGAAAACGAGCUUAUCGGCCAUCGUUCGAACUAAAAGCUUCUUAUUGAUUAUAAAGUUUUGUGUUUUUUAGGUGGGGGUGGGGACUGGCAGCCUGGCUGUGUUGAACCUGCUUUGUACUGCCCCCCUCUGGACAAAAAGCCAAACCCCUCUACUCCUGCUCCUUCUGAACUAAACCUUUUCUGCCUCUUUAAAGAAAUCAUUUUCAGUCCCUUCUCACAAUAAGUGAGCAGUCUCUAGGACGAAGCGAACCUCAGACAUCCUGGUUUAUUUGUGUUGGUAGAUGAAAUCUCUGUUAAGACGAGUAAAGAUGCAAACUGACGUGAUCAGAACAGAAUGCCAGCAGUGAUAUUUCUGUGCUUUUAUUUUCUUUUAUUUCUCAGAGAAAGAACAGUCGCUGCGUAGACACAACCAUUAAUCUGUCGAAGCAGCGACCAACCACACACACUCAUUGUUCUGCUGUAUUUAAUGUCGCUUACAUACAAUUCCAGCCCAGCCUACGCUUUACCCCAAAUGUAUAUUCAAAGAUAUAUAUGGAUAGGCCUAGGAUUCUAUUUUCUACUAGAAUGUUAAAUGUUAUACUGUAAAGAUCUGUAAUAGUAUGUACGUGCAAUCCCUUAGUCAUAGUAUCUGCAACAGUUUGAAAUAUGUUAUCCAAAACGAUUGUGUAUCAUUUUCUAAACCUUUUGUUUUUUAAGGAAGAAUCCACCUAAAAGCAGAAAUAUUUUCUGUUAAGAAACCAGUUUUUCUUCCUGUUCACUGACAAUGAAACAAAAUAGGUCUAAAUAUCUGAUUGUACUUAAUAUUUCAGACUUUAUUUGAUAAACGUGGAUGUAUUGCAGGGAUUUCAUGAAGCUAAACCCAGCAGUCUGACCCAUUAGUCCAGCACUGAAAUAAGUUCAUAUUUUGGAUGGAUUCUUCCUUUAUGUGCAGGCUGUACCAUCAUUACAGAUGCACACACAAACCAAAGGUCAUUUUAUGCCCAACUUGAUGUUUCUGGAUGUAAAUGUUUAUGGGAAAAUAUAUAAAUCUAUUUCAUUAUUUCUUGAUAGCUGGUUUUCAUCAUGGAGCUCCAGCAGUUUACUGUGUUUAUGGGAUUUCAGCAAUCGCAGCGUUCAGCAGAGAAAGUCCCACAGAUCAGGUCUGUUGUAGAGAAAUGUCUUUGAUUAAAUGGAAUAUACGUAGAAUAUGCACUGAUAUGUAAUGCAAUCCCUUGUUAAGUGCCUUUAUAAAAUGUUUACCAUCAGUUUGUGUCUGGGAACCUCAGGGGAAGUCGGAGUGCAAUGGACUCGUUAUCAAGUCGGUGAUUAAACCUGAAUCUGUUUCCCUUCCAUCACCAUCACACGGCUUUUUGCUUUUAUCUCUAACGUCGACUGGCCGUUCCUUGUUUCCUCUGCAUCCCUCUGUUUCAACUUUUGUUUCUUUUAUGUACCUUUUUUAUAUAGAUCUGUGGGUUUUAUUGCAGCUUCAAGUACAAAAUAGAAACCAGGAAUAAACGGGAUGGAAACUUG